AUGGGCAACCACUCCUCCGUGAGCACGUUCCUUCUGUGGGGAUUUUCCAGUUUCCCAGAACUGCAGGGUCUGCUCUUUGUGUUGGUUUUCGUCUCCCUCCUGACCAUCCUAGCUGCAAACGUGUCCAUAAUGGUGGCCAUCAAGCUCAGGCACAACCUGCACACCCCCAUGUACUUCCUCCUCUGUGGCCUGUCCUUUUCUGAGACCUCUGUCACUCUGGUCAUCGUGCCCCGCAUGUUAGCGGACUUGCUGUCGGACAGCAAGACCAUGUCUCUUCCUGAGUGUGCCACACAGAUGUUUCUCUUCUUGGGCUUGGCAGGCAACAACUGCUUCAUCAUGGCUGCCAUGUCCUAUGAUCGUUACAGCGCCAUUUGCAGCCCACUGCGCUACGCCGUCCUGAUGAGCCGGCAGACCUGCGUUCAGCUGCUGACGGCCUCCUGCGUGGCUGGGCUCCUGGUUUCCCUGUGCAUUGUCACCACUGUAUUCAACUUGUCUUUCUGCGACUCUAACACCAUCCAGCACUUCUUCUGUGACAUCUCGCCUGUGGUCUGCCUCGCUUGUGAUUACACUCCCUAUCAUGCAAUGGCUAUUUUUGCGCUCUCAGCCCUUGUGCUGGUGGGUAGCUUUAUUUUAAUUAUGACUUCCUAUGUCUUCAUUGGCUCCGUAGUUACGAAGAUGCCUUCUGCACAGGGCAGGCAUAAGGCCUUCUCCACUUGCUCCUCCCACCUCACUGUGGUGUGCAUCCACUACGGGUUUGCCAGCUUUGUCUAUUUGAGACCCAAAGACAGUGACUCAUUCCGGGGCGAUAUGCUGAUGGCUGUGACAUAUACAGUGCUGACACCUCUGCUUAAUCCCAUUGUUUACAGUCUAAGAAACAAAGAAAUGCAGAUAGCCCUGAGAAAGGUCCUAGACAGUGUACGCAGGCUUUCCCCACAGACAGUAAACAAAAGAUCCCUGAACACUUCUUAA